CAUACGUUGUAUUGUGCCGUCUCUCUCUCUCUCUCUUUCUCUCUGUCUCUCUGUUUAUGUGAAGAAGUUGUCAGAGCUUGGAAGAGGACAUCAAUGGAGGGUGAUCGGAAGCGGUUGAAGCCACGCCUCGAGCGGCGGAACGCCAUGAAGAAGAUCGAUUACGAACCGGACGAUGAGAUUGAAACAACUUUUUUGGAGAACCAAACCAGCUUCCGAAUCGAUGGUGAAUUCGACCAUAUAUUCAGAAGUUUAGGACUCUCUGGACCCGAAGACUUUGCAAUCCCAACAGCAGCUUGGGAACAAGCACAAAAGGCUCGCUUUUUUUCUUCUUCUUCUUCUUCUUCUUCUCCUCCUCCUAAACUUGAAAGUGGUGAUGCUGUUGUUGUGCUGAAAAAGCAAGAGAAUGAGAUUAAUAGAGAUGGGGGAAUCAAAGGUGUCAGGCCUCCCCUUCUGGAACAGCCGCCACCGCCACUUGUUGACAAGGUCACCUCUGCUUGGCAUUUGACCAAGUCUCUUCCUCUUCCUCCCCAACAUGAUGAUGUUGUUGUUGUUGUUGGGGAAGAACAUGGAAUUAGUGAUUCUACUUCAUCUAUGUCCCAUGAUGAUGACGAUGAUGAUGAUGAUGAUAGUGAUGUUGGUGAUGAAACUGAAAAAGCUGACAUGUCCAUUCAUAAUGUCUCGCCAAAUGGGUCAUUUACACGAACUUUCAAGUCUUGGCAAAAGGGCGAGGUUUUAGGAAAGGGGUCAUUCGGAACGGUCUAUGAAGGCUUCACUGAUGAUGGGGACUUUUUUGCGGUAAAGGAGGUGUCUUUGCUGGAUGAAGGAAGCCAGGGCAAACAGAGCAUUUUCCAACUUCAGCAGGAAAUAUCUCUUUUGAGUCAGUUUAAACACGAGAACAUAGUUCGAUAUAUUGGCACAGACAAGGACAAUGACAAGCUGUAUAUCUUCCUUGAGCUUGUGACAAAAGGAUCAUUGGCAAGUCUCUAUCAAAAGUAUAGUUUGAGGGACUCUCAAGUUUCUGCAUACACAAGGCAGAUUUUAAGUGGCUUGAAGUAUCUUCAUGAUCGUAAUGUGGUUCACAGGGACAUCAAGUGUGCCAAUAUAUUGGUUGAUGCAGAUGGGUUCGUCAAGCUUGCAGAUUUUGGGUUGGCAAAGGCAACCAAAUUGAAUGAUGUUAAAUCAAGCAAAGGCUCUCCAUACUGGAUGGCCCCUGAGGUUGUUAACCUAAGGAAUCGUGGUUAUGGAUUAGCAGCUGAUAUAUGGAGCUUAGGAUGUACAGUUCUAGAGAUGUUGACACGGCAACCUCCUUACUCUCAUUUGGAAGGAAUGCAAGCGUUAUUUAGGAUUGGAAGGGGUCAACCUCCACCUAUUCCCGAAUCUUUAUCAGAAGAUGCAGGAGAUUUCAUUCUUAAAUGCUUACAAGUCAACCCAAAUAAACGGCCAACUGCUGCUCAGUUAUUGGAUCAUCCAUUCGUAAAGAGACCACUUCUAUCUCCCAUAAGUCUUGUUUCUCCACGUACUAGUCUUUUACUGUCUUAAGAGUUCUCAAUCACCUCUAGCAUUGCCACAAGGAAGUCACAUUCAUCAUCUAUUUUUGAGUGUUUAUCCUAGCAGAGUGAUGCAGAACUCGGGUUUAGACUGGUGGAUUAUAUAGGAAAAGGUCAAUAGGUUUGCAGAUGUCUACUGGAGUUGGACCUUAAAAUCUAAAACUGGUUUCAUUGUAAUCACAAUAGCCCACCAUGCUGGUCCUUGGUGAGGGAUUUCUUAUGACUGCAGAUGUGAAGUGGAGAAUAACGAUGGACCUCUGCAUUUUCAACAGAGGUUCUUAUGCUGUCAAGGAAUAAUAUAAAAUAAUAUAUGUCUUCCGCCAAUUUAAGAUUUUGAGGAGAAUUGAUUUCUUGACAUAUGCAAGUGUACACCCACCAGGAAAGGCCUAUGGUCAUAUAGUUGGCCAUCUGGAGCUGUUGUUGGUUCUUCUGGUUACAUUGCUUUUACUGCAGCCUUUGGAAGUUGUUCUUGUCAGGUAAUGUGGUUAAUGCAUUAUCGGCCUUUAUGCUCACUGGAUCAUAUAACAGCUCAUGUUUUUGUAAUUGUUUUUGCGUGGACAUUCUGUAGUCUCAGGUGUGGCCUGGCUAGUAGUUGCUAGUUCUUAUAGGCAUGCCUCCUUGACAUGUAAAUACUAAUAGCUAUCCAAGAAAGGGAAGUAGGUAUCUGACAAAGCAGCAAUUUUUAUUGUAUUGAUUUUUUUGGACUUUCUCUUCGAUUAGAGCAACAGUGACCACUCACGCUUUGAUUAAUUGCAGCACUUCCGUUGUAGGAAGCCACGACAGUUUAUCGAUUUCUCAAGCAUGACGUUUCUACCCGAAAAUAUGGACCUGUGGGGUCCUGAAAAU